GCUUGGGAUCGAGAAGUUUGCAUGGCGAAAGGUGACAGAUUUAGGCUCCUUUUGCAGCGACAGCUGUGCGUAAAAUGAGUCACGCUGGGAACAGUUCGAUGAGUAUGUGUCACCCAAGCGAAAUGAAUGCUGAAAAAGGGAACAGUGAGGUGUCCAGUGGACCGUUUGGAUCAAUAAAGAAGACUGUGGGAAAGGUAACCCCUAAAGGUUUGAUUGAGCUCCCUCCAGAGCCUGGGGCUGUUAAAUUUGAGUGUCAAGGUAUUUUAAGGCCUAGUUCCAGCACAGCUGUCAGGGGUGGGAGUGCAGGACGUGUCGAGAGGAGCCUUCAACUUGCGAGGAAAAAGGAAUUGGUAGAUGAGAUUCCAACCAGAUGUAAUAGUGCUGGAGCUGAGAUGAUUUCUCUUGGUAAGAUUAAGCACAGUAAACAAAUCCAGGAAAUGGAAAACUUGCCAAGACAGACUGCCAAGGUUCCCAGUGAUGAAGACAACUCUGGUAGUGAUUCAUCAUCAUCAUCAUCAUCAUCAUCAUCAUCAUCAUCAUCAGAGGAAAUUCAGGAGGGAAAAGAUCACAGAACAGCAGAUCAAAUAAAAAACAUGGAACCUCUAGAUGAACUCAAAGCAGAGUUCCUAACUACUGUCAUGGAUGAAAACUAUGAAAAAGCCAAGGAGCUCUGCCAAAAGGUUCUUCUUCUGGAACCAGAUAACAAAUUAUGCAGUGAAUUUCACGCUGUCAUCGUGGAAAAAAUUCAACAAGAUGCAGUUGCUGCUGAAGAUAGUGGGGAUGAUGAUGAAAGUGACGAGGAAGAUGAUAAUUGUGAAGAAGGUAUUGACUCAGAUGAUGACGAAGAGAGCAAUGACUCGGAUUCUGAUAAUUCUGAUGAGGAAGAUGAUGGAGAAAGUGAUUCUGAUGAUGAUUACUCGACACCAGCCGGUCCAAUUAACCUAAUCUUGGGUGGUUUGCCAAUCAAACCCCAGAGUAGGUGACAAUUGUGACAUGUGGCUUGGAUGGUCAAAGUAUUAAAAUUGAAAAAGAACAAACGAAAACUCAGUUCUUAUUUCUGAAGUGUCGUGCUGUUUUUUGUUGUUGUUGUUGUUGUUUUCUAUUUCAACAGAACAUCAAAAAUGCUUUAUUUUCACAACUUGUUGUACAGGGAAUUUUUUCGUUUCAUAUAUGCAUACGAACUGUCAAUAAAGUUUAUGAAACAUA